AUGACUGCAACCGAGCACAAAUCUCCAUACGAUGAAGCGUAUUCGUAUGUCCAAGAGUGCCGCUCUUGGCGAAAGAACAAGAAUACCAUAUUCCCUCUACACCGCUCCUUAGAGGACUACGAAGCCCCGUUUGCUAUCAAGAUAUCGGUGGGAGAUUGGAUCAGGCUCGAGUCGGAACUCGAGCAAGAAAGCGACGAAACAUAUCCGCGUUUAUCCUACAACGCAUCAACAUCGCAGUUGAUUAUACAAUGCAUGCCAUCUCCACUCCACCAAUCUAUUAGCAGCAUGAUCGGCCAAGUGUUUAUGGCCUCGAAAGUAAGCCUGCCAAUGCAUCUUCAGAACCAGACGAUGUUCAGGUGGGGUGUUGAUGAGAAUAACUUCGAAGGUCCUUGGUCGAGGUCUGCAAAGCAGCCGGACCUUGCUAUCCAAGUAUAUGGCGAGAAUGGAGUAAAAAAGACACGAUGGGUUCUUGAAACAAGGUUUUCAGAACGUUACGAGGACCUUGUAAGCGACGCACAACUCUGGCUAGAAGGCGGCUCUGAUGUUGCGAUGGUUAUGCUCGUUAAAUUCACGGAAACCCCCAAGUAUCGGUGCCCAAUUAAAAUCAACGACGUAGAUGAUGAUGGCAACAAACUUGAAGAACUAGGCAUACCUUCGGAUAGGCGACAAAUAGCCUAUCAAGACGUUUGCCUUGACGAACCUUUCGGCCCUGCUCAUUAUCAAGGUCUUACAUGGGUGGGACAAAUCACGGAAGCAUUUAUGGAGAUCUGGAUUCGCGAUAACGGCAAGGCAAUACAAUAUGGCGACCGUGAAGAUCUUCUAUCCAUGGCUCAAGUACAUGUGUCCUUUGAAGGAAUUUUUCCUUCUGGCUACUUCGAGGGGAUUACUCUAGACUUGGAGAUGUUUCGUUCCACGUUAAGAGAACAACUGAAAGAGCUAGCAAGCUGCAGGUGCCGGGAACUGGUAGGAAGGUAUAAAAAGAAAUGGGAUUUAUUCGAAUAG